AUGAUUUUCUUGCUCUGUCUUCUCGCCACAUCUGCUGCUCCUACCCUGGGAGCUCCUGGGGGCAUGGAAUCACGGCCGCAGAUGGGAUGGAACUCCUGGAACACAUUCAAGGCAAACAUCAACCAGUCCAUCAUCGAAACCACCGCCAAAGCUCUGGUUGACACGGGGCUUGCAGCAGCAGGCUACAAGUACCUGAUCAUGGACGAAGGCUGGCAAGCCGACGAACGUGCCACGGACGGGCGCCAAGAGUUCAACUCCACGCGUUUCCCGUCAGGAGGCUCAGCCCUCGUCAACCACAUCCACGACAUGGGCCUCAAAGUCGGGAUAUACAGCGAUUCCGGAAUCUUCACCUGCGGCUUCGCUCCCGGAAGCUGGGGCUACGAGGACCUCGACGCCCAGACCUACGCGGACUGGGGCACCGAUUACCUCAAGUACGACAACUGCGGCGGCUUCCACGCCGGGACGCACACGCAGCAGGAGCGCUUCCAGACCAUGUCCAACGCCCUCCGCAACACCGGCCGCGACAUCUUCUACUCGCUGUGCCAGUGGGGACACCAAUUCCCGUGGUACUGGGCCGACCAAGUUGGCGCGGGUUCGUACCGCAUGUCCGGGGACAUUUACGCCUCGUUCGCGCAGGACAAGGCCGGCGCCUGCCCGACCGCGUACUGCCUGAACACGGGAUAUGCGGGGGAGAAGGGGCGGAUGUCGUGGGCGGAUAUGGACAUGCUUGAGGUUGGCGUUGGGAACGUCAUGAGCGAGGUCGAGGAGCAGACGCACUUUUCGUUCUGGGCGGCGUUGAAGUCGCCGCUCAUUAUUGGUGCUGAUGUCACCAAGAUUCGAGAGCAAUCGUUGAAGGUUCUUCUGAACCGAGACAUUAUUGCCAUAUCUCAGGACCAGAGGGGCGAGGCGGUGAAGUAUUUGCCGGACUUGUCGACAGAGGAUCAGACACAGAAGCGCAACAAGGUCUACCACGAGCAUGCAGAAGAGGCAGACGGUCUAACGACUCCUCCUCUGUCAACGAACAGCAGCGAGAUACCCUUGUCGUACAUGCUCUUUUCUCCAAAAGCAGCCGCCAAAAUAUGGGGUGUUGCCCAGCAGAGCUUUUCCUCACCCGCACCGCCAACUUUGUUUCCGGAGUACACCAAGCCAGGUGGCACGAAGUACGUCUAUAGGGAGCUGGACUUUUGGACGUCGGGAUUCUUCCCAGGAUGUCUUUACCUCCUUCUAGAGCGACGACGGAAGCACAUCCAUCUGCUGAGGCACCUGGGACAGUCUGACGGACAAGAACCCCACCAGAUGCAUCUGGAGUUCGCCUGUUCAUGGUGGACGGAAAACCUCCAUCCCAACGCACAUCUCACAACGACCCAUGACCUCGGUUUCAUGAUAUUUCCAUGGGCUCGCCCGGCGUGGGAGCUGAACCAUGACCGACGGGCGUUCGAGUCCGCAAUCAUGGCCGCGAAGUCUCUCUAUAGUCGAUACGACGACACUGUCGGAUCGAUUCGGUCCUGGGACGUCUGCGUUACCAAGCGUUACAAGUUUCUGGAUCCAAGCAAGGACUUUCUUGUCAUCAUCGAUAACAUGAUGAACCUCGACAUGGUCUUCUGGGCUGCUGCCCAGCUCGGAGAUCAGGACAUGUACAAUGCAGCCGUCAAGCAUGCCGAAACGACCCGGACCCAUCACAUCCGCGAAGACUUCUCGACGUUUCACGUGGUGAAUUUCGAACAGAAGACCGGCGUGCCGAAGGAGAAGAUCACCAACCAAGGCUACUCCGACACGUCCUCCUGGUCGAGAGGCCAGGCGUGGGCCAUUGCUGGUUUUGCGCAGACUUACGGCUGGACUCGUGACGUCUCCUUCCUCGAGACUGCGAUUUCUUGCGCGGAGUACUUCAUCGCCCAGCUUCCAUCCACUUGGAUCCCUCCGUGGGAUUUCACGGCCCCGAAGGACGAGACACAGCCUCCGGAUGUCAGUGCCGCGAUGAUCACUGCCUACGGCAUGCUAUUGAUCCAUGAAGCCUUGACGUCUCUGGGAAGAGAGUCGGCGUACCUCAAGCAUGCUUUCAGGCUCAUCCGAGCGACAUGUACUACUCACAUGAAUGGUGGCGGCCAAUAUCUAAAGUUGAAGAGGACGAUUGACACUGUUGAGCAUGGGACUGUGGAGGAAGAGGUCGGCUGGGACGUGGACGGGGAAGGUGAGCCUGAAACGAUCUUGAACGGCGCGACCAUCAACAACUACGAAUUCGCACCGAGAAGAUGGGCGAACCACGGGCUGGUGUACGCCGACUAUUUCUUUUUGCUGGCAGGGAACAAGCUUCUCGAGAUGGGGGUUCCAGAAUUAUUUGAGGAGCGUGCUUGA